AUGGCUUUCCGACCAUCGGAUGAGGCCAUCAUGGGGCUUUAUACGUGGACACCGACAGGUGACAGCCCUAGCAGUGAUGGAGCAGAGCCCAGUAAAGCUAUUGACAUCAUCGCUGUUCAAGGCCUCGGCGCCAGUCCGUAUUAUACCUGGAUCAAGAAGGUCCCAAAGGCUGGUGGUGGGGUUGAGGAAGUGAUGUGGCUACGAGACUUGCUCCCCGGGUUCGUGCCAAAUGCGCGGAUCGCCACCUUCAGCUAUAGAUCGGACUGGUACUCUUUUAGGAAGGGGGCCAAGAAGACCAGUAUUCGCGAAUUGGGAGAACAAUUGCUCAUGGCCUUACACCAAGAUCGACAGAAAAUCAAGGCAUCUCGGCGACCGAUCGUAUUCAUUGGGCAUAGCAUGGGUGGGCUGGUCAUCGAACAGGCUCUCGUGCAUGCCAGCAAUCGAUCCGAGUGCGAAGAUAUCAGGAACUCGACUACUGGUGUCGUUCUCCUGGGGACGCCUCAUGAAGGGACUCCUGUUGCAGCAAUCGGAAAGUUCUUCGCCAAGGUCAGAUUCAAUGACUCUAAGCUACUGGAGCAAUUGCAGCCAAAGGAAGAACAGGUGUAUAAUCUAAUGCAUGAUUUCGCUUCUGGAUAUAAGCACCUGAGCAUCAUGUGCUUCUACGAAAAGCUAGACAACAGUUACCUAGAUGGAUGGUUUAAUGUCCCCAUUGUUGACAAACGUUCAGCAGUGCAAGUGGGAAGGGGGAUGAUGUACUUGAUAGCAGAUCACUCUGGCCUGAACAAAUUCUCCGGAGUCGACGAUCCCAACUUCAAGUCCGUUUGUGACGCCAUCACUGGAAUGGUCAACAAGGCUUCUGAGCGCGAAGUUCCGCGGCUCCAUGAUCACCAAUUCAUGGUCUCCAGGCGAUCAAAUCCGCUGUUUACUGGGCGGAAAAGCGAGCUCGACAAAAUGAGAAAAGCUCUGUGUCCCUCGACCCCAAAGGAGAAGCAAAGUACCGAGGCAAACGUAUACGUCCUCUAUGGCAUGGGUGGCGCAGGGAAGAGCGAAGUGGCCCUGAAGUUUGCUUACGACCAUCGCCCACAAUUCUGGGGCAUCUUUUGGGUAGACGCAAGAAGCGAAUCUUCUAUCGCGACUGGCUUUGUGGAUGUCGCUCGGCGAUGUGGUCUUGCUGAGAGCAUCAACAGUGCAGUUUCUUGGCUUCAAGAUACGUCACAUUCGUGGUUACUUAUCCUAGAUAACGCCGACAACCCAAAUCUCGAUUUGUCUCCUUACCUUCCCGCCGGAACAAAGGGAAACAUAAUAAUUACUUCACGCGUCGUUGAGUGUGCGCAACGGUACAACAAUGCUGGAAAGGACUUAUACGAGCGAUUGGACAAAGAAACUGCUGUGGAGCUCCUCUUCAAGUCAUGUAAUAUUGAUUUGGUUUCACGGAGUGAACAUGAAGACCAUGCGCAUGCUAUUGUGGACCUCCUGGGCUGUCAUGCCCUUGCUGUAACUCAAGCUGGAGCAAGUAUCUCGCAGGGAGUUUGCAAGCUUGAAGAAUACAGAUCAAGGUUUGUGAACGAACGGGGUGUGCUUUUGCAGUACUUGCCCGAAACGAAGUCCGAAUAUGGUGACGUCUAUGCUACUUUCGAGGUUUCCGCAAGAUACCUUGAGGGAUGCAGCGAUGAAGUCGCAAAGGACGCACUCCAGUUGCUCAACUUCCAUGCAUUCAUGCACUUUUCGGACUUUCCGGAGGAAGCCUUCGAAGAGGCGUGGAAGAACUCAAAGGAUGAGACUUUGAUCUUUCCUCAUCUACGGCGGAGUGACGAGAAGAUGAUAUACAAGCUUGGUCAAUGGCAUCGGUCUAAUCUCCCAGCGUUCAUGCGGCAAACCCUCUAUAACAAGGAUCUUGAUAUGAUAUCCCUCCGGAAAGCCCGAGCAAAGCUCGCAUCCCUUUCUCUCAUCAACAUCGACACAGCUACAGGCAUGACAAGGAUUCACCCUGUCACUCAUGCGUGGUCUAGAGAUCGAUUGGUAGACCCCGGAUCCGCAGAUGCUUGGCUCAACGCUCUUGCCAUGCUUUCUCUGUCAUUCCAAAAUUUGGCUGAAGAUCAGCCGUUGGCGCAACCACUCCAACCUCAUCUAGAGUCAAUGGCAAAGCGUCCAACAUACUAUGAUGAUUACAAAGACACCUUCAGUUUUCAACAAUCUUUCUAUCGCCUCGCGUCUAUUCUAUACUACUCACGCAGUGACUCAGCUGCCUAUGAAAUGCUUCAACUCAUUCCCAUAAAGGCUGACGACGCGUGGAUUGUGACUAGUCAUGGUCAGGCCAUUCAACUUCUUCAAGCUCAAAUUUUGACACAUCUUGGGGGCUAUGAGAGAGCAAAAGUGCUUCUAGAACGAGUUAUCGAAGCUCAAGCAGAAAAUUUAGAAGCCAAGAACGAGUUUCGGCUUGCUGCUCAAGGAAACCUUGCUCGAAUCUACCAGAUUACUAAGCAAACAGCUGAAGCUGUCAAAAUCUUCAGACGAAUUGUCGAAAUCAAGACGAGCACCUCGGGCGACGUUGAAAAUCGCUCUCUCCUAGGCUCACAGUACGCGCUUGGUGUAGCAUACUCCUUGAACGGAGAUCUAGGGGAUGCAAGAACAAUCUUGGAGCACGUGGUACAAGUAGAAACAAAAAUUUCAAAAUCAGAAUCUACGUCUCGGUUGGCUUCAGAAUCCCAACUUGCUCGAGUGUAUCUAAGACUGGGAGAUAGGGUUGAAGCCACAAGGAUGUCUAAACAAGUAGCGCAAAUUCGAUCGGAAAUCCUAAGGCCGGGGAACCCAGAUCGUCUGCGCUCUGAAUACAUGCUUGCUUGCUGCUACUACGAAUCGGGCAAAUACGAAGAAGCCAUGAGAAUCAUUAAACAAGUAGCGCAAACUCAAUCGAUAAUCCUAAAGCCGGAUAAUCCAAGUCGUCUGCGCUCUGAACACAUGCUUGCUUGCUGCUACUGCGAAUUGGGCAAAUACGAAGAAGCCAUGAGAAUCAUUAAACAAGUAGCGCAAACUCAAUCGAUAAUCCUAAAGCCGGAUGAUCCAAUUCGUCUGCAUUCUGAAUCCAUGCUUGCUAACUGCUACUACGAAUUGGGCAAAUACGAAGAAGCCAUGAGAAUCGUUAAACAAGUAGCGCAAACUCAAUCGAAAAUCCUAAAGCCGGAUGAUCCAAUUCGUCUGCAUUCUGAAUGCAUACUUGCUAACUGCUACUACAAAUCGGACAAAUACGAAGAAGCCAUGAGAAUCAUUAAACAAGUAGCGCAAACUCAAUCGAUAAUCCUAAAGCCGGAUAAUCCAAGUCGUCUGCGCUCUGAACACAUGCUUGGUCGCUGCUACCGCGAAUUGGGCAAAUACGAAGAAUCUCUUCGGCUUGCAAGAUCCAUCGAACAUCUUGUACGCAACAUUCCACGGGAGCCGCUCGCUGAUUGGAAUACCGCACUCAUCCACGUCUGUCUUGAAGGGAUUAAAUUGGAGCAAACAUCAGACGGAGAUGAGGGUUGGGCGGAGAGCCAAAAAGAGACUGAGGAUGGAGCCCAGAACGAGGACCGAGAUGAGAUCGAGGACGAGCAUGACGACAAAGUCGAGGAUGGAGCCCAGAACGAGGACCGAGAUGAGAUCGAGGACGAGCAUGACGACAAAGUCGAGGAUGGCAAGGAUGAUGGUGACAAGCGUGAGCUGGGAGGGCCAGCCUGGAGGAGAUAUCCUAGGUGUAUAGUCAACUUGAUGAUGAGGUCUAGAGACCGAAUGAGUUGCACUAGCUGA